AUGGCGGAAUUGGAAUGUUUGGAACUAAGGCAAAAGCUGAAAGAAAGAUUUAGAAAGAAGAUGAAGAAAGAGUUGGGGAGUGGAAGUGCUUCCAGUUGCCGUUCGGAUAAUUUUGGUUCCUUCUUCGGACCUUCACAGCCAGUUAUAGCUGAAAGAGUAAUUCAAGAAAUGAAGUCCUUAUUGGAAAACCCUGAUUUGGCAGCUAAAGUUAUGAGGAAAAAUAAUAUUAUUGCUAGUGUUAAGGUUCAUGUGAGACCAAAGUCCAGUAAUUCUGAUUCACGGUCAGCACCAAAAAACCAGUCUUCAACAGUGCCUAGACAAAACCCUUCAAAACUGCAACCUUCCAUUUCAAAACAGAAAAAGAUGAUGCCUCAAGAAUCUGGCAAGCCAAAAAUGAUUCAGAAAGCAGCUGCUAUGCCAUCCUCAAGACCUCCGGUGGCAAUGCAGAAACAACGAGUGCACAACGCCCGGCAAAGAGGAGAUUGGCGGAUAAAGAAGAAGAAGAAGAAGAAGAUGGAGCAGCAGCAGCUAUUAGUAUGA